CCCCGGUGCUGGACCAACUCAUUAUCCAUCCCACCCCACACCUGCCACCUCCCUCCCUCGGAAGUGACGCCGCCCACAGCCGCACACACCACCAUUGACGACCACUGCAUUGACUGAAGGAAGAACAAGAUCUAGUCGGCCAGUUAGCGGGGGUGAUGGCGCGGGGUCGCCCACCAAAGGCGGCACCUCCGGCAGCAGCGGUCAUGACCACCGCUGGUUCUUCGGCCGCGACGACCAAGCGUCCUCCUAUAGUACAGACCUGCUUCACCUCCAUUGCCUUGCAAUCUCUUGCUGGUGAAUGGAACCCUGAGGUUAGAAGUGUUUUAAAAGAUGUAGGCAUGGAUGAGUUGUGCAAAAUCAGAGUGCUAGGGAACACAAACAUGAUCUUUUCCAUGUCUUUGAUAUCUAGAAUCAACCCAGAUAACAUGAUGAUGGACAUGGGUGAUGGUGUAUUCAUAGAGAUUAACAGUAGAGAGGUUGCUAGAUGUUUUGGUCUUGCGCCGGGGGUAGGAAAAUAGACAUCGCUGGUGGCCGGUGCCUUGUAGAUCGUGAGGACUUGCUUGGCAAAGUCCACGGCAUACUUGGCACUGGUAUGCCGAGGUCGAACAACAUCCCGGUUCACAAAGUCAAGAAGAUAGUUCAAGGGGCUCGCAAAGUUGCAAUAGAGGGUGAGGAGCGCACCACGAUGAGGGUGGCGGUCACACUGUUAGCCAGCUCUACUUUCCUUGUGCCUAGGGGUGCCAUAGCAAAUAUCGCAAAUGAACUACUUCCUGUUGUGGACGAGCCAGAGAUGAUAGCAGAGUUUGAUUUCUGUGAUUAUGUGGUUGAGGGCCUGAGGGAAGCAGCAAGAAAGUUAAGGGAUGAACUCAGCUGUGAUCCUCCUUUGGUCAACCUUACUGGGUGCCUUAUCAUCCCACAGAUGAUCUGGCUGGACUACCACUAGCACGGUCGUCAAGGCAGGCUACUGCUACCACUCCCUAGGCUUGUUGACUAUUCUAACAUGAUGCUAAGGGGGCUGAUCCGGAAGCAUGCAAUUGCUCAGGGGAUAGAAUGCGGUCUGGAGCUUGGUGAUAUUCCUCGUUCUCCGCCAGCAAACAUUAUUCAGUGGUGUGGCAAUGCUCCUAAGCACCAUGGUGAGAGCAGUGGAGCUGGUGUGGCAGCUAGUGCCUCAAACCAUGAUCAAACGACUCCUGCUGCAGCCGGCGGCUUCUCUGAUGAGAUGAAGAACAAUACAACCGAAACCCGGAAAAAGGUUCUUGAAUCAUUCAAAGCUGCCAUGGACUACCAGUACCAACGACGAGAAGCUGAAUUUCUCAAGGUGUUUGACAGUGUCAGAGACAGUGUCAUGGGUGAGAUCAAGAAGAGAGCAGCAGAAAACAGGCGAAAUGAGUUGGAGGGCACUCUGGAUUUCUUCCUGGCACACGUGAAAAAGCAUGCUUCCGUGACGCCUGUAUUUUCUGUUAACACACCUGAUGCGCCACGUAAUGGAAAAUCUGCAGUGGCACAAGACCUGGCUGCAAGUUCACAGCAAGCUGCUCAAGCAAUGAUGGUUGUGGUUGUGGAGAACAGGAACAAUGAGGGAAGCCUUGCUACAACUGUUGGUCAAACAGAUAAAGGGAAUCUUCUGAUCGUUGAUGAAGGCACAUCAACUAGACUGAUUGCCAUUGCAGCUGCUGCAGUUGGAGAAGCACAUGUUGAUAGUGAGCCAGAGGACAAACCAAUGGUGGUGGUUGACCGCAAGGGGAAGGCAAAAGCAACUGGUGACAUAGCUCCUAGGGCCACUCGUCAGAAAACCAUGCACGAGAUGCUCGCUCCUUCAUCUCCAUGCACCCUCACUGGGCCUGAUAUACCAAGUGGAUUAGUUGACACGUCUAUGUACUGUGGGAUGACUGAAGAUCAUGUGAUGCAACCGCUUAUUGAAGAAGCUGGUGCUGCCGGCGAGGGUUCGCAUGCCAGAUACAUUGUUAAGUACACUCCGAACCGCAACAAAAGGCUUACUCUCCCUGGGGUUGAGGAAAGCCCUGAUCCGACUCCUAAUCCACUUGCUGUAGUUCAUCCAGAUGCAUACCUGAGUCUAGAACUAGACUAUGGUUACUCCCCUUUCGAGCUUGAGCUAAAGCAGUUUCAGUACCCUGAUCAUGUUUGCCUUGGGUUCUACGACAAUGUGGAGUAUCUCUGUUGCAUUACUUCUCUUGGAUGUGUUUGGUAUGACAGCUCACACCCCCCACAUUUGAAACUUGAUGGCAACAAGAUAAACUACCAGUUCAGUCUCAAAGGGGAGAUGCACUACAAUGGGAUGGAUGCUUGGGUACGUGGACUCAAUGAGAGAGAGAUUAAGAUGAUGGAGAUGGUUGGAUUACCAGUUUGGAGGGGUUUUGUAUCUCCUGAUGUGCCGUUGCACUUUGAGAACAUCUUGGACCCGGAGGGGGCUGUUGUGCUGCGGAUGUUGCUUUCUUCUGGGAGCAUUGGAUAUCAGUUGAGACUUUGUCGCAUGAUAAUGAUGCCUAUCUCAAUGAUGAGAGACUGGUGCUUGUACGUGUUUGACAUGCAUAUGAAGAAACUGAAUGUCCUCGACCCAGUUUUCACGCAGAUGGGUUCGGAUGCGUAUAGAGCUAAGCACGGGAAGACAAUCAUGUUGAUGCUUAAUGGUAUGAAGUGCGCAGGUGCGCUGUUAGACAAUGGAUGGCAGAUGGACAUAUCACAGUGGACCGUGAGGUACAACAUGAACAUGCAUGUUGCAUGUGGAAGUGGUUAGUCUCCUGGCUACAUAGCUUACUACGCAGAGAACUUCAAUGCCAAUCGCCUGGAGGUCGACGUACCGCAUGCAAGAGAGCUAUUAUUUAAGCUAACGAUGGUUUCCCGGUGAAGUUCCUAUUUAUUCUACAAGCAUUGACAUGAUGUUUUGAUCUUUGCACCAGGUUGGUCUGCCGGUUAGAAGGAAGAGGAUGUCGUACGAGACGAUGGCGGCAAAGGGAAAUGCUGCACCACGCCCAGGAAUCAUGGAGCAGGUGGCUGAUCCAGAGUAGAAUACAACGCCUUGGAGGUGCACACGUAGUUCUCUAGGUUGUUGACGUAGUUCGCGGAGCCUACUUUGGCAUUAUUUCGCGGGGACGUGGGCAAUGCUCGUGCAUGUCUUUUGGUUAGGGCGUAACAGUAAUGGACCAUGGUUAGUUCGAAGAAACACAAUUGGUGAAACUGGUGUAUGCUAUUAAUGCAGUGCCAUCCAUCGUGUGUUCGAUGUGAUGGCUCCUUU